UGCUGUGUGUUUUCCGUUCACUGUCCGACUGUGGGCGAUUUUCGGCGGGUACCGUUAAAAUGGCGCUGCUCUUGCCAGGAGCUGAAGACCACCGGAGGAAAAGCGACAGUGGAUAAAAUCACACUGCCGACACCGCUUCUGCUUGUACGGGAGGUGGAAUUAACUCCACUAUGGCGACGCUCGAUCAGAAAUCACCCAACGUGCUUCUGCAGAGUCUGUGCUGUAAGAUCACGGGCAAGAGUGAAGCCGAUGUAGCCCAUCAGUUCCAGUACGCCGUGCGGGUCAUUGGUAGUAAUUACGCACCCACCAUUGAACGGGAUGAGUUUCUGGUGUCUGAGAAAAUUAAAAAGGAAUUGUUGAAACAAAGGAGAGAGGCAGAUGCCGCCCUUUUCUCUGAGCUGCACAGAAAGCUUCAGACCCAGGGUGUGUUGAAACACAGAUGGUCCAUCUUAUACCUUCUGCUCAGCCUCUGUGAGGACCCAAGGAAGCCGUCCGGUCGGGUGCCUGUGUGCAGUUAUGGAGCUCUUAAUGCUCAGGCUUUGCCCCGUGAUGUCCACUCUACCCCGUUCUACUAUGCCCGUCCCCAGAGUCUUCCUCUUAGUUACCCAGACUCUGCAGCCGCCCACAACUCCAGCAUGGCCACCAGUGGCAUCAGCAGUAUGGGGGUGUUCACGAUCAAUGGGCCUGGGCCGACCCCUCCAUCACUUAUUACUGGACCUGGUCCACAGGCAGUCGGUGAGUCUAUGAGAGGGUCUCGGCUAGCCUGGACUCUCCCAGUCUCUUGUUCCCCCUCUGGGGCAGGUACUGCUCCACGGCCUACCAGUGGACCAUCUGCCAGCCCAGUACCCAGAGUCCCACAAAAACCACGACGGGACGGAGAUGGCAGCGCUGAGAUUGGGGAGGCGGCUCUUGUUCGAGACAUUCUGUACGUUUUCCAGGGGAUAGAUGGAAAGUUCAUCAAGAUGUGCAGUCCAGAAAACUGCUACAAAAUCGAUUCUAAGGUGCCACUAUGUAAGUCUCUAAGAGACACUAGCAGUAGGCUGGCUGAGCUUGGAUGGCUUCACAAUAAAAUCAGAAAAUACACUGAUUCACACAGCCUGGACCGAGCCUUCGGCCUUGUUGGACAGAGUUUUUGUGCUGCCUUACAUCAAGAGCUGAAGGAAUACUACCGGCUGCUGUCUGUACUGCAUGCACAGCUGCAGAUGGAGGAUGAUCAGGGUGUAAAUGAGGCCUUGGAUAGCUGUCUGACUCUGAGAAGACUGCUGGUAUGGACCUACGACCCCAAAGUUCGGCUGAAAACACUGGCGGCCCUCGUGGACUACUGCCAAGGGCGUAAAGGAGGAGAGUUGGCCUCGGCAGUGCAUGCUUACGGAAAGACAGGCGACCCCCAUAUGAGAGCGUUGAUCCAGCACAUUCUUGGUCUGGUGUCCCACCCCAUUCUCAACUUCCUGUAUCGCUGGAUCUAUGAUGGGGAGCUGGAGGAUACAUACCAUGAGUUCUUUGUAGCUUCAGACCCAACAGUGAAGACGGACAGACUGUGGCAUGAUAAGUACUCUUUAAGGAAGAGUAUGAUCCCAUCCUUCAUCGCCAUGGACCAGGCCAGGAAGGUGCUACUCAUUGGCAAAUCCAUUAACUUCUUGCAUCAGGUAUGCCAUGACAGAACACCGCCGGCGAAGAUAAUGCCUGCCUCCAAAUCCAGCGACUCGCCCAAAGAUGCGGCAGAGUUGUUUACAGAUCUUGAAGGGCCCUUUCAGAGUAAGAUAGAUGCUGCAUAUUUUGAGACCAGUAAGUAUCUGUUGGAUGUUUUGAAUAAGAACUACCAGCUGCUGGAGCAUCUUCAGGCCAUGCGAAGAUACCUGCUGUUGGGCCAGGGAGACUUCAUCAGACACCUCAUGGACCUCUUGAAGCCAGAGUUGGUGAGGGCUGCCACCACUCUUUACCAACACAAUCUAACUGGUAUCCUGGAGACUGCUGUCAGGGCGACCAAUGCCCAGUAUGACAGUCCAGAGAUCCUGAAAAGACUUGAUGUCCGACUGCUAGAGGUAUCUCCAGGGGACACUGGUUGGGAUGUCUUCAGUUUGGACUAUCAUGUAGAGGGACCCAUUGCCACGGUGUUCACACGUGAGUGUAUGAGUCACUACCUACGGGUGUUUAACUUCCUGUGGAGGGCCAAGAGAAUGGAGUAUAUCCUCACAGACAUCUGGAAGGGCCAGAUGUGCAAUGCCAAACUACUGAAGAGCAUGCCUGAGCUGUCUGGUGUGUUGCACCAGUGCCAUGUUCUUGCCUCUGAGAUGGUUCACUUCAUCCACCAGAUGCAGUACUACAUCACAUUUGAGGUGUUGGAAUGUUCUUGGGAUGAGUUGUGGAAUAAAGUUCAACAGGCUCGGGAUCUGGAUCACAUCAUAGCAGCUCAUGAUGUUUUCCUGGACACUAUCAUCUCUCGCUGCCUGCUGGACGUAAACAACAGGUCUCUGUUGAAUCAGUUGCGUGCUGUGUUUGAUCAAAUCAUCGAGUUUCAGAGCGCUCAGGACACUCUAUACCGCUCCGCUCUAGAAGAGCUACAGCUCCGCAUCCAGUAUGAGGACAAGAAGAAACAGAAAGGGGAGAUGGGUGAGUGGGGUGUAACAGCACAGCAAGAGGCCGAAGAGAACAGACGUAUGCAGGAGUUUAAAGACACCAUACCAAAAAUGUGCUCUCAGCUCAGAUUACUCACACACUUCUACCAGGGCAUCGUGCAGGAGUUUCUACGGCUGCUAAUGAACAGCACUGAUGAGAGUCUUCAGUUCCUCAGUUUCCGACUGGACUUCAAUGAGCAUUAUAAAGCCCGUGAUCCACGUCUGCGACCCUCACUAGGGGCCUCCAGGGGGCGGCGAAGCUCCAACAUCUAACCUUGUGGAUGCGGCCUUUGGGGAACUUUAUUUUGUGUGGUUGCUAUGUCAAGAGACUGUUUAAUAAUAGGGCUACUCGGAUCUCUUCUGGCGCUCUAAUGAAAUCAUAUAAAAGUCCAAUUCUAUUUGGUUUAUAGAAUAUACUAUUUCCAUGACAUCGCCAAACGAUUUCAAUCACACACAAUCAACUAUCCAGUGGGUUUAGAGUGUAACUUUCAGUACCACAAGGUCACAGAUCUGUCAUCAGUUGUGUAGUUAAUGCGUGAAUAUACUAGUUUUUUUGUUGAUGUUUUUAAGAUUUUGUUAAUAUUUAAGAUUCCAUUUUUUAUUUACAUUAGUUGUUUUUUCCCUAGUGCCGUUUUUUGAUACUUUAAAGUCUUGUUUGUCAUAUUCAAAUAAAAAAAGCCUCCAGGUGUCACGCACAUAAAUAAUAAAUCUGAUUGGUGGUGAUGUCUGAAUAAUUUCUCCUAUUGUACUUAUUCUUACAUUUUGUGGCAUCCCCUGUAAUGGAUCAGGUUUGGUUUGGAUUUGAAACUGUCUUGGUUCAGUGAAAGAAGAAAAUGUACCCAAUAAUAUAUAUAUUUUGGGUUUUUUUGGCCAUCUUCAUGACUUUAUAAUUCUUGUUGUCUGUUUGUAAUUAUACAGGCUGUGACCUUUGUACUGUGUGUAAAAUAUAAGAAAGCUUAAAUGUUGACUAUUUCUUUAAUUAUAUAAAUGGACCUGUUAAAUUACAUGCAUUUAAAUUAACUACAUGACCUCGCUUUGAUCUUGUAAGUGCAUCUCAUUUCUCUUGUCAUGCUAAAUCAAUUACCCACAAUGCUGUGUAAUCUUAUCAGGCCUCGGUUGAAACUGUGAAGGCAGAGUUGUUCUACUGAAGAAUUGGAAUAUAGGCAAUAUUAUAGAGUAAUAUGGUAAUGUUUAUCCCUCAUCUCACCCAUAUUUAUAUGUAUGAAGGUAGGUUGGUUGAUAAAGAUGCAUUUUUGUUCCGAAAACCCUUUCUUAUUACAUAAUUACAUGGAGAAUGAAAUGGGCUGAUGGAUCAGUUUGGAGGUUGUGAAAUGGAUGCGUUGUCACUGGAGCUGUUUUUAAUCUGUAUUUUAAUGUCAAGUGUCACAGGCACUAGAGGGCGAGGCAGAGUCUGAUUUUCAAAUUAAGAUUGUACAGAGUUUAAACUCUUUAAUGGACAGAGGCAGAAUUUAAAAAAAGAACACAUCCUGUCAUUCUUGAAUAA